AUGCCUCCGGAUGGCCUCACGCCUUAUCUUGGCCUCAGAGCGCGCUUGUCACAAGUAUGGAUCAAUCGAUGGACAAUACUUCUGCUUCUAGUCCUGGUCAGGGUCUUGAUGGCGGCUUCAGGUUUGCAGGCAGACAUGGGCACGGCGAAAAGGGAGGCCCUCUCCGCUUGCUCGAGCGUGGAAUCGAUGGGUAGCUCGAUGGCGUCUAUGCCUCAUUACCUUUCACAAGGCGUCAAUGAACUCACAGCAAGCGGAGUUGAGACAGCUGUGAGCGGCCUCAAAUCCAUGCUGAUGCUCACAGUCACUGGUGUUGAAGAGCUGGUCCUCUUCAUCAUCAAGGUGUUGUACCAGACGUACCUCUGCCUCUUUACUCUGGCAGUCAGAGGCAGUGUCCAUGUCGCGGUUGGGGUGAUAAAGGAUGCCGCGGACUUCCUGAAUUCUACUGUGAAGGAAGUUGGUGAUGAUAUUGGCAAAGUUGUGAGCACAUUCGAGGAUGGCUUCAACAAGUUCCUCGACAGUGUGAACUCUGUUGCCAGUGUUUUUGGGGGCAGUGUACCCACACUAGACCUGAACAGCUCAAUCAGCACUCUGGAAAACCUACAACUCCCUUCUUCAAUCGACAAGGGGCUUGAUAAGCUCAACAAUUCGCUCCCUACAUUCGACGAAGUCAAUAAUUUCACUCAAACGGUGUUGCGUACCCCAUUUGAGGAAGUCAAGAAGCUCGUCAAUCAGUCUCUGGGGACUUAUACUUUCGAUCGCUCUUUGCUACCGAUUCCCGCAAAGGAACAGCUAAAGUUUUGUGAGGGCAACGAUGGAAUCGAUUCCUUCUUCGACAAUGUGGGAGAUCUCGUUAUGACUGCUCGCAAGAUUUUCAUCGCAGUUCUCAUCCUUGCAGCAGUUCUGGCCUGCAUCCCAAUGGCCUGGCAAGAGAUCCGCCGGUGGCGCUCAAUGAAGGAGCGCUCUCAGCUCGUACGGAAGGAAGCCCAUGAUCCCAUGGACAUUGUUUAUAUCGUCUCUCGGCCAUACACCGCUGCAGCAGGUAUCAAGGCCGCGAGCAGAUUCAGCAACAGCCGGCGACAGAUCCUUGUACGCUGGGCAAUCGCAUACGCCACAACACCCGCUGCGCUGUUUGUUCUCUGUCUCGGGAUAGCUGGGUUGUUCUCUUGUCUCUGUCAAUAUCUCCUCCUGCAUGCCGUGGAAAAGACGGUGCCUGAACUGUCCACGCAAGUCGGCGCAUUUGCCGAUAAGGUCGUCGACAAGCUAGAGAAUGCGUCGGCGGCAUGGGCCAAUGACGCCAACGGGGUGAUCGGACAUAUGAACCAAGACCUAAACCAGAAUGUCUUUGGCUGGGUCAACACCAGUACGACCGCGUUGAACGACACGCUGAACACCUUCGUUGACAAGACUACCGGCGUUCUCAACGAAACAUUCGGCGGAACCAUCCUCUACGAACCUCUCAUGGACGUCUUCGGGUGUUUGAUUGGACUUAAAGUUGCCGGCAUUCAAAAGGGACUGACCUGGGUCCACGAUCACGCCCACAUUGACUUCCCCCUGCUACCGAACGAUACCUUCUCCCGCGGCGCUGCGGCCAGCAUCGCCAGCAAUAACUCCGAUGCAUCCGACAGCUUUCUCGCCGAUGCCGGCGACCAGACCUCGAACAAGAUCACCGAAGUGGUGAUAAGGGUCGUCGACAAGGUCGAAGAAGGCAUCCGCAUGGAGACCAUCAUCUCGACGGCCAUCCUUCUCCUCUGGGUCUUCAUCGCCCUAGUUGGCAUCGUCCGCGCCCUGACGUUGUUCUGGAUGCGAGACAGAAGCCGCGGAGAGGGAGGCGGUGCUCCUUCCACCAGCCAUCACACCUCAGACGCUGGCGGCUUCGACGAUGUGCCUUUGACUGCGAUCCCGAACCCGAGCGCCCACUCAGCGCCAGCUCCUCGCUAUGAGGCCACUAUUAGCACCGUGGUGGCUUCCAGGGCCAUCCCCACGAGCAACAGCUUCCAACAUCAAGACGAGAAGAUGGGAUUCGCUGGAGAGAGGCAGUAUGGCUCCGCGCUCAAGGUCGACGGUGCUCCGGAUCUGCGGGGGAGCGCGUAUGUAGAAUACGGUGUGGAAAAGCACUAA